AUGGCUACUUUCCUCGAGCCAAAAGAACUUGCCACUUUGCUCCGCACUAGCAAGCAAAUCUACCCUAUCAUUGAAGAUAUCUUAUACUCCCACGAUGCGAAAAGCGACAGCCCAGCUGCCCUACUCUGGGCUGUAAAGAAAGGAAGGUUAAACACGGUCAGGAAGGCCAUCAUUGCUCACAAGUGGCAGUGUACUUCCCAUGACAUAGAGUCAGAAUGCACAAUUCAAUCGACAUUAAACGGGGUCCUUUGCCUAGCAUCAUCGGGAGGGCAUACACGUAUUGUCCAACUUCUUCUCGAUGAAGGCGCCGAUGCUGGUGCACAAAGAGGAGGGCGCGCAACAGCCCUACAGCUAGCAACAUUACAUCGCCAUGAGAAGAUUAUCCAGGUCCUGUGCGCUACUGCUAGUUGA